CUACCGUCCACUUAACACCAUAAUAAGCAACAUAAACUUGGUGAGUUUUUGGGGUAACUAACCUACGUACCAUAACAACUAAUGUACAGUACGGAUAUGGUCGCUCUCCCUUUCUUCGUUCUUUCGCGGAGGCUGGCAAUGGGUAUGAAAGAUAUAAGAGAACAUCAAGGAGGCAUGCCCCCCGGAUACGUAGCCGGCGCUUCCCACUCCUUCAUCCCAUUGUACUCAACCAAGCGGGUGUUACCAACCCUAACCCUAAACCCUAAAGAGUUUGGGAAAGGGGGUGAUGCUCAGGUUUGGCUCACGUGAUCUGGAGGAGGAAUUUAUUGAGGCCGUUCUUUGAAGUGAGUCACUGAGACGCGCAAGUGGUCGUUGGUCCUCCUCUCGGCCCUCUCGUCGGUCCUGCGG